AUGGCACCCUAUAUCAAACAAGCAUCCCUGGUUAUAAGCCACGCAGGCUCAGGCAGCAUAUUCGAGGCGCUGAGAGCAAGCAAGCCGCUGGUGGUGGUGGUGAACGGGGCUCUCAUGGACAACCACCAGAGAGAGCUCGCAGGGGCGCUCGCAGCCAGGCAGCACCUGGUGCAGGCGGUACCUGAGAGCCUGGUUGCUACAGUGCGGGAGAUGAAUUUGGAUGGACUCGUGCCGUACCCACCACCGGAGGCUGAGAAGUAUGCUCAAGCGAUAGAUGCGCUUCUGGGGUUCUGA